ACCCACCAAGGUAGGAAGGGAGGGAGGAAGGUGGAUAUCUACCUACAUAUAUAUGUUCAGUACUUCUCACCUUAGAAAGAGAGCACUACGCUAUGUCGCUCCGACCAGGAGUUAUCCUCAAAGGCGCACGAGCAACCUAUAAAUUACAACAGGCCCUGAAAGGCGACACCGUAUUUAAGGCUCAAAUCCUCGACAACUCCCAUUCAGAUUCAAAAUGGCAUGUCACUACACACUAUUCAACUUCAUGUGAACCGUUACAUAUUGAUGAUCUGGCCUACAGGGCAGUCAUUAAGACUUCGACCACCGAGUCUCAGCGUCUGGUCUUACACAGGGAAUUCACCAACUACCAGAUACCAGAGAUUCGACAGUCGCCGUACAUUCGGCGCUUACAUGAAGCCGUUGGGGCUUUUUUCCACCGCGAGUUUCAGCGCGAUGAGCCGCUCGAAGAAAUUGAUCGCCAGCAUUAUCUUGUAUUCGAAUGGAUGGACCAAGACUUAUGGCAGACGCCUUCUGCACCGUUUCGCAGUGGGGACCACCCAUUUCCUAGAAUCGUGAGCAGGUCGGUCCUAGAAGCCCUCGAGAUCUUCCGUAAGGUGGGCAAAGCACACACCGAUAUCAAUCCAAACAAUAUCUUAGUCUCAGGGUUAGAAGGCAACAACCCCGAGGUUAAGGUAGCUGACCUAGGAAUGCUACUUUCAGAAGGUCGCAAGGGAUAUAUCUUCCAAUGCGCCCCUUGUCGAGCACCUGAAGUCUUUAGAGGGGAGGGCGUGUUCCACUCAUCAGAUAUAUGGUCCCUGGGCGUGACACUUACGCACUGGCUGCGACAGGAACCCCUAUUCGGCGCUUCCGAUAAGAUCGUCGAGGGUCAUGAGGAAUCAUGGUGUAUAGCUAAGAUUAUGUUGAUGGUUGGGCCAAUGGGGGAAUAUAACGGCUAUCCUGAGAUCGAGGACCAGUGGGAUAUUGCUGAGCAGCUGAAAGACAUGGACGCGCCCCCUGAACUGGCAAGUGGCAAACUAAUGAAAUACAAGCCUUUGCGGGAAGAGCUUGCGCGUACAAUAGAUCCGCCGAUCUCGUCCUCUAUCAUUGACUUUAUAGAGUCGUUGCUUAUCAUUGAUCCUAGCAAGCGACCAACCGCUGAGGAGGCUCUACGACAUCCGUUUCUGUCGUCUUUGAUGACAAAAUGAACUAUGUGGUCUACCUUCUUGAGGUAUGCUUAACUCGGCACACAUCAACUGAAUGAUUUUUGAAAAAGGAGAAAGGGAGAGAGCGCCCCCCCCAAAAGCCCGCCCUAAUCAACUCUGUAUCAUAUACCACACCCCACUACUAGAUACUAGCUAGACUGACUUCCUGGAAAGUCAAGUCGAAGGGUUAGCUUAGAUAUAUAUUUUCAAAUCCUUCAAUAAUGAGACUUUGAUGCCUUUGCCUCGCUUAUUCUA